UUUUAGUGAUAUAUGUCUUCUUUAUAUGAAUGAGUGAGUUGGUGGUGUUAGAUUCAUAGCAAUAUGUGCUUCUUGGAGUAACUUGGUGUAAGUUUGCCCAGGGAACGAGUUUCACAGUUGGGAAUUUCACACAUUUCAUCUCCUGAUCUCAAGUGGAAAAAGACCCCUGUGCCAUGAACUCCCAGACUCUGCCUCUCUCUCAGGAGACGCUCGCCCAGUUCAACCGUGACCAGGUGGUGGACGGGCCCCAGCGGCUACGCAGGGCGUCCGUCUCCACGCGCCGCAGCUCGCGCGACCACCCCAAGGACGCGUUCCCCUCCAGGCCUCCGGCCUUGCUCCUGCGGAGGCUCUCGGACGCCUCCCACCUCAGCCCCGCCGUCAGCCACCCGGCCUCGCCCUUCCAGCGCCGGGACUCGCUGUUCUUCGCCAAGCGCUUGUCCGUGGGCGGCGCCUGGGCGCACGGCGGCGGCGGACGGGUCAGCUUCUCAGGGCUGCUGCUCCCUCAGCCGGUGGCGGAGGCGCGCGCGGAGAACACCUACAGAACGGGCCCCGACGCGGGGAGCGCGUUCAGCGCCAGGCAGAGCCAGCAGAUCCUGCAGGCCACGCUGGACAGCUAUUUAGACGGCGCGCGCUACAGCCAGAACACGUGCGGGCAGGUCUGUCAGAUCCUCGCAGAGCUGGUGCGAAGCAAGAUCAAGGACACCUGCCCCCCGCGCUACAAGCUGGUCUGCCAGGUGGUUAUCGGCCAGAGCGGAGACCAGAGUCUCGCGAUGGCUAGUCGCGGCUUAUUGGACUCCGCGACAGAUGACUUUGCCGUAGCCACCUUCCAGAAUGGUUCUCUUUUCACUGUGGCAAUAGUGUAUGGGACAUACUAUGAGUGAAGAUGGAGAAAUUGGUUCCAUUCAGCCACUUUCUCUAAUGCUUUUUUCCACCAACCGAGAACCAGUUCCGUUCCCAUUCACGAACCAACAUUUACAGUAAUUUCCUGCAUAUAAGCCACAUUGUGUAUAAGCCGCAGGGCAGUGUUUUAUGCAAGUUAAAAGAAACAAAGCCAUAUUAACCUCAUAGCUGAAGAAAUUUAGCAAAAUCAAUGUAUAAGCCGCGGCUAAUAGGCGGGAAAUUACGGUAAACCGUUCAGAGCAUUUCGACCAAAUAAUAAAAAAAAAAAACGAUUCAGAAUGUGGCACCUUGGUUUGGACCUUGAAACAGAAAAUAGUUGUUUUUUCCUGUGUACUGGAGUGGGCAUAACGUUCUACCGUUCAGAGGAGAGAAGGCUGAAAGCACAAUGUUUUCCAUCCACGUCAGCUUACCAUGAGUAAACAAACUAGUCAAAUAGCACUACACUGCAAAUAUUAACUAGCAUUUUACACAGCUAAUUUCAGACAUUUUUCAUAUUUCACCGGUUUAGCAUCUCAAUAACUUUUGUUUUGCAUGCAACACCCACUGUUGAUGAUGCACCCUUUAUACGGUUCAAAGCUGGUGGAAAGGUGAAGGAGUUCUGAACAGAACCGGUACAAGAAUACAAUCUGUGGACAAAGGGUGACUGUCCUCAAGAGCCAGCAAACCAAACCAUCUUCAUAGAAGCAGAGCAUUUUUCUAACAGUUUCCAUUUUUAUAGCUUUUCACGCCUCCUCCCCCCCUCUCCAUCUGACUGUUGUGACCCAGCAGAAAUGGCCCUCUCAGCUGCUGCAUUUGGAGCUCCAGAUCAAAGCUCCAGGCCGAGCUCCUACUCAGCCCAACCCACUCCCUACACCAGGCCUUCGGAAAAAUACUCAAGACAAAGAGAAGUCAUUUU